ACACACACAGAUUCACACGAGCUAAACUUAGCUCUGCUAAACAUGUGUGGCACAGGAAGACGCACACUCUCUCUCUCUCCAAAACACUGCACUGGAUUUAACUGGAGAGUUUUAAACGAUUAAAGAGGGAAAAGUUUCAGAAAGAGAUUCGACUCGGUGCGAUCAUUUACUCUGAGGACGCUGAGGAAACAAAGAUGUCCCUCUGACUGACUGAGGAAGAGGAAAGAUCACAAAACAUUCAAGACACAACGUCUGACUGAGAUUUUCAUUUAUGAAUCGAUUUUAAAGCUGAUUUUCUGACAAUGUCACGGCCAAUCAGAUCACUAUGGGCUCUUUGCUUCAUUUUCAUGUUUGUGCGCUGGUGUGAGGGCAGCUGUGCCGAGGUGGACUCCAUGACGGAGGCGGUGGCUGGACAGGGCUUCCUGUUGGGCUGCAUUUCCUGUAAAAGAAGGGAGGAAAUAAGUGGCACUGCUAUGGUGGACUGGCACUUUAAACCGACCGGAGGCGAUGAGUUCUUCCAUAUCUUCCAUUACGAUUAUCCGACCUCCACCAUCCUGCAUGAGGACUUCGAGUCCCGCCUUGAGUGGCGUGGAACUAAAGGAACGGCGGAUCUCCAGAUCGGAGCCAUUUACAUCCGGAACGUCACGUUUAAUGACACCGGCACUUACACCUGCACAUUUGAGCGCACGCUCUUCCUCCAAUUUAGUACUGAACACGUGACCAUCAAAAAAACAGUGGAGCUCACCGUCCUGGCACACGCAAAGCGCAAUGUGACGGCCCUGGUUUCGGAGAUCAUGAUGUACAUCAUCAUCAUCGUACUGCAGCUGUGGCUGAUCGGUGUGCUAAUUUACUGCUACAAAAAAAUUUACGCUGAAAAUGAAGCUCGCGAGGCCAGAAACGCUCAGCGUACAAAAAAUAAGCUUCUGGACUCGAAGGACACUUGUGAUGGAGUGCACUUGGAGUAGCUGCACUUUCAGAGUGAUGAAUCCUGGAUGUUCUGCUGCUCACAAGAGGAAACAUCUUAAAGUCUUAAACAUAAACUUGUGAAUGUGAAUUUAUUUGUUUAAAGAGGUUUCUGAUUUAUCCAGAGUCACAGAUCACAGAAUUAUGGGCAACUUACCGACAUGCUAGUGAGCUCGGAUCUUCUAAUUAUUUCACUGCUUGUUUGUACGUUAGCAUAUUUUCUUUUUAUGCUGGUUUGUAAGCACACCUGUUUACGCUUACUGA